CCACGCCCUGAACACCUCCUUGUUUGCGGGCCUGCUGUGUCCUGUGGUCGCCCUGCCCCGCUGCCAGGAAGUUCAGGAACUCGGUCACCGCCCCAGCCCCCCCUCUGCCUCGUCCAUUGUUGGGCAAUAUUCUGCGACAUCGAAACAUUCUUCACCGAAACUUUCCAGAGUUCCAGACACCAUGACAAACAUCAACACGGCUAACAUCAACUUUAAAUGGGACCCAAAGAGUCUGGAGAUCCGUACUCUGGCAGUGGAGAGGCUGCUGGAGCCCCUAGUGACCCAGGUCACCACUUUGGUAAACUCCAGCAACAAAGGCCCAUCCAACAAGAAGAAAGGACGCUCUAAGAAGGCUCAUGUUUUGGCAGCAUCUGUGGAGAAUGCCACCGAGAACUUCCUGGAGAAAGGAGAGAAGAUUGCAAAGGAAAGUCAGUUCCUGAAGGAGGAACUGACUGCCGCUGUGGAAGAUGUCCGCAAGCAAGGUGAUUCAAUGCGGCAGGCUUCUGGAGACUUUGCAGAAGACCCCUGCUCAUCUGUGAAGAGGGGCAAUAUGGUUCGUGCUGCUCGAGCCCUGCUGUCAGCAGUCACGCAUCUGCUAGUGCUGGCAGACAUGUCUGAUGUCUACAAGCUUCUACUGCAGCUUAAACUGGUGGAGGAAAAUCUUGUGAAAGUGCGAAAUGCAGGAACAGAUCAGGACCUUGGGAUCCAAUAUAAGGCCUUGAAACCAGAGGUGGACAAGCUGAACAUGAUGGCUGCCAAGAGACAGCAGGAGCUCAAGGACGUCCACCACAAGGACCAAAUGGCUGCUGCUCGCGGCGUGCUACAGAGGAACAUCCCCAUGCUGUACACGGCGUCCCGUGCCUGCCUCCAGCACCCUGACGUGGCAGCCUACAAGGCAAACCGUGACCUGAUCUACAAGCAGCUGCAGAGCGCCGUCUCUAGCAUCUCCAACGCCGCUCAGGCCACUGCCACUGAGGACUCGGCGCUCAAUCACCCAGCAGGGGGUGGAGAGCUCGCCUAUGCCCUCAACAAUUUUGAUAAACAAAUCAUUGUGGACCCCCUUGCGUUCAGUGAGGAGCGCUUCCGCCCCUCCCUGGAGGAGCGCCUUGAGAGCAUUAUCAGUGGAGCUGCCCUCAUGGCCGACUCUUCCUGCACACGUGACGACCGCAGGGAGCGCAUCGUGGCCGAAUGCAAUUCUGUGCGCCAGGCUCUUCAGGACCUUCUGUCUGAGUACAUGGGCAAUGCUGGAAGGAAGGACAGGAGUGAUGCUCUGAACACAGCCAUCGACAGGAUGACAAAGAAGACCAGAGACCUUCGCAGACAGCUGCGUAAAGCUGUAAUGGACCAUGUCUCUGACUCUUUCCUGGAGACCAAUGUUCCCCUGCUGGUCCUGAUUGAAGCCGCCAAGAAUGGCAAUGAGAAAGAAGUCAAGGAGUAUGCACAGGUGUUCCGCGAGCACGCCAACAAGCUGAUCGAGGUGGCCAACCUGGCAUGCUCCAUCUCCAACAAUGAAGAGGGAGUGAAGCUGGUCCGCAUGGCAGCAUCUCAGCUGGAAGCUCUCUGCCCACAGGUGAUUAAUGCAGCGUUAGCCCUCGCUGCCAAGCCCAACAGUAAGGUGGCCAUGGACAAUAUGGAUCUGUUCAAGGAGCAGUGGGAGAAGCAGGUCCGCGUCCUCACCGAUGCUGUUGAUGACAUCACAUCCAUUGAUGACUUCCUCUGUGUGUCAGAGAACCACAUCCUGGAGGACGUGAAUAAGUGUGUCAUCGCUCUGCAGGAGAAAGAUGUGGAUGGUUUGGAUCGAACUGCUGGGGCCAUCCGCGGCCGCGCUGCCAGAGUCGUCCAUGUGGUCACUUCUGAAAUGGAUAAUUAUGAACCUGGAAUCUACACAGAGAAGGUCUUGGAGGCCACCAAGCUCCUCACUAACCAAGUAAUGCCGCGGUUCACAGAGCAAGUGGAGUCUGCGGUGGAGGCCUUGAGUGCAAACCCCACUCUACCUGUGGAUGAGAACGAGUUCAUCGACGCGUCCCGUCUGGUUUAUGAUGGAAUCCGCGACAUUCGCAAGGCUGUGCUCAUGAUCAGAACUCCAGAGGAGCUGGACGACUCUGACUUUGAGACUGAAGACUUUGAUGCUCGCAGCAGGACCAGCGUGCAGACGGAGGAUGACCAGCUUAUUGCCGGCCAGAGUGCACGGGCUGUCAUGGCCCAGUUGCCCCAGGAGCAGCGAGCGCAGAUUGCCGAACAGGUGGCUAGCUUCCAGGAAGAGAAGAGCAAGCUGGACGCCGAGGUGUCCAAGUGGGAUGACAACGGAAACGACAUCAUUGUGUUGGCUAAGCAGAUGUGCAUGGUCAUGAUGGAGAUGACAGACUUCACCAGGGGGAAAGGUCCACUGAAGAAUACGUCUGAUGUCAUCAGUGCUGCCAAGAAAAUUGCAGAGGCAGGAUCACGAAUGGACAAGCUGGGCCGCACCAUCGCUGACAAUUGCCCCGACUCCACCUGUAAGCAGGACCUGCUGGCCUACCUGCAGCGCAUCGCCCUGUACUGCCACCAGCUCAACAUCUGCAGCAAGGUCAAGGCUGAGGUGCAGAACCUGGGAGGAGAGCUGGUCGUCUCCGGGUUGGACAGCGCCAUGUCUCUCAUUCAGGCCGCAAAGAAUCUGAUGAACACAGUCGUGUCCACCGUCAAGGCCUCCUACGUUGCCUCUACUAAGUACCAGAAGAACAAAAACAUGGAGGCCCUGAAUAUGCCGGCCAUUUCCUGGAAGAUGAAAGCCCCCGAGAAGAAGCCCCUGGUGAAGAGAGAGAAGCAGGACGACCAGACCAACCGGGUGAAGAGGUCCUCUCAGAAGAAGCACAUCAACCCCGUGCAGGCUCUCAGCGAGUUCAAGGCCAUGGAUAGCAUCUAGACUCCCCUUUCAGUCAAGAGAACACACAUAUUGACCAAUGAGUUUAUAUAUAGAUAUAGCUUGUCAUUCUAUCUAAAAGAAAAGGUUUUAUCCUAUUUGUUCCACUUUUGCAUAGGCGGCCAUUAUAUUCCUACACUGCCUCGUUUCUAUUCCAUACGUUUGGAUUUGCUCUAGUCUGUAGCAAUAACUGUCUCUCCUUUGGAAAAUACAGAUAGAGCGAAAUCAAACUGACUAAUGCAUUAAAACAAAUAUAUUUCCCAUGUUUUAUUUCAUGUUGAUGGAAGGAAGGUGACUGGAUUUCAUAGAUAUAAUAAGAGCUAAUUCCAUAAGGCUUUUGGUUAUUUUGUAUUCUAACCAGUUUUAUAAUAAGGCUGUUGGGUCGCUGGUGUUUUUCACUACAAUGUUUGAUUAUGGCAAAAAUACCGUCUGUACUGCAAAUAUGUACUAUGCAAAAUCUGUUAGCUUUUUUUUUACUUGAGGAAUAACUAGUUCAUUUGGAUGUGCUGGGCUAACUGGUAAUAUUUUAAAUGUGUUUUGGUUCAGGCAUAAGGAACCAAAGUCACUAUUUUUCCAUGUGUACCUUUUUCUAACUUUAUACGUACAUUGUUAUGCCACUAUACAUGCUUCAAAUAAGUCUAAAGAAAACAUAUGUUCUGUGCUGAAUGAUUUAUACCCCUGUACUGGUAAAUGUCAUUUCUUUAUAAUUUAAACAUCUCAAAUUCAUUGUAUUUUCAGUUUUUUGUUUUUAUGUAUCCUUGCAGCAAACCAAAGGCAACUGAGUAUUUCCCCCCAACCUUCUGUUUUGCUGCAUAACUUGGUCAGACUUUGUUUAUUGGCCUGGCCUCCUGAGAGACUGGGAGAACCCAGUGGGCUAAACAACGAGAAGACCCAGAGUCUUUUCUUUCCAAAGCCGACAAGCUUCAUUAACUGUCAAUGAGACCAAACACCUCCACGAUUUAAGAUGUGUUCAAAUGAAGGGAUCAAUAUGUUUCUCUCCACUGCUUAGACGUAUCAGCAAGGAAGGGAGGGGAUUUCUUCUACUUUAAACUCUGCUUAUUUUUUCCUUGUCCUUAAGCUUGAACACUAAUCAAGGUAUUAUGUCGGGCACAAUCUAUAUAGAAAACUAGAAUCAAGUUGCCAGGAGUUGGAGCUUUAAAAUGAAACGGGAGAGAGUUUGUUUUCUUUUUAACUUCAGGUAAAAAGCAGGAGUUCUCCAGUCAUACAUUGAGGUGCAUUGUUGUUCAGAGGCUUUGACACUCUGCUGUUCUGGUCUCGAGCUGAAAUUUGUUUUGCUCGUUUGACAUCUGUGAUCUUUGGCAGUGAAAGAUAUGAUUAUCUGUUAGGUGGAUUUCUUUUUAUUUUAUUUUCCUGUACAACUAAACAUUUCGACAGUUUGUCUUUUGCUGUAAUUGAGUUUGGAUUUGAGUGAUAUCAACUAUUUUGCUGUGGAUUUUUUUGUUGAGAGCUGACCUAUUAGUGCACACGUUUCUUAUAUUCAUGUGCCUGCUUUAUAUCUUAAUAAACAAUUAAAAAGGAAA